CUCACGCGCAGUUUAGUUUGGUUAUAGUUACGAGAGAGCUGCGUCUGAUGUCACUGAUAUCCAAGUCUGAUUUAUUAAAAAUUUCGUGUGUUUAUGAAAUAAACUCGUGAUCAAUCAAGGUCUCUCCAGAUAAGCUUUUAAUGAUGGACAAUAUUAGAAGACAUAAAUUGUUACACUAAGAAAUAUUCAUGUGGACAAUCAUAGAGCAUUUAUGAUGCCAGUUCCUGGGGAAUACUUUCGAAACUGGGUCGUGCAAAAAUGACGCAGUUUUACCGUUUAUCAUUAAUUUUGUUCAUAAUAGACCUAGAAAUGUUUCAAGGACACACCACUAACCAGUCGGAGUUCAGUGGCAUAGAAGAAUAUAAGAAUAAGCGAAUCAAUUUAUAUGGUGAUAAAAAGACACCCUCAUAUUCCGAAUGGGAAAGGUGGAGUGCAUGCCAAGACGGUCGUAAAACUAGGCGGCGACAUUGCUUACGUCGGCAAGUGUGCGGGGACUCCUUGCGAAUUGAAGUAGCUCGUUGCAGUGCGACUAAACGGCGGGAGCAGAGCACAGACUCUGAAGGACAUCGUUAUAAUUAUAUACCGAUAAAUUUGGUGGGUCUGAAGCAAUUAGAUGACAGUGACGUACAGAAAAGAUUUACAGGAUUUUCACCGUGGAGCAGUUGGACUACUUGUUCAAAAAAAUGUAUGACUGUUAGAAAAAGGCACUGCCAAAAAUGGACAAUUUGUGGCCGAAAAGUCAUAAAGCAAUCAGCUUAUUGCUAUCUCGAAGGUAGCUACUGCCACCUCUGGAUUCGAGGUAAAAUGCACCGAAAGGACCAAGGGUAUACCGUAGUGGAAUCGUUACCGGCUCCAGUUCCCGCUUUACAUCCAGAAGAUUCUAGGUCUUCUUCUACAAGUGUGCUGCUGUGUGGAAGACUAGGGAGGUACCGUGGUCCCGGGGGAAGACUACGAUCUCGAAUGCAAGACAUGGUCCGUAUCAUUGGCGGUAGGCCAGCACCGCCUGGUAAAUGGAUUUGGCAAGUCGCUGUUCUCAAUCGCUAUAAGGAAGCGUUCUGCGGUGGAACAUUAAUAUCGCUUCGAUGGGUCGUAACCGCGGCGCACUGUGUCAGGAAACGCCUUUACGUGCGGUUGGGUGAACAUGACCUGCUAAUCCGGAGCUAUGGCGAAGUUGAGAUGAGGGUCACCGAAGCUGUCAUUCAUCCGCAGUACGAUCCCGAUACGGUCGUCAAUGACGUUGCCAUGUUGCGGCUUCCUGCACCAGCGAGGCCGGAUUUAGGCCACGGAAUAGCAUGUCUGCCUAAUCCUCACCAAAUUCUGGCUCCCCACACAUCUUGUGUAAUUUUGGGGUGGGGAAAAAGACGACCAAGUGACGUCCAUGGUACAAGGAUCCUUCAUGAAGCACAGGUAUCUACUAUACAGCAAGGCGUCUGCCGUCGCUCCUAUUGGCAGUACGCCAUAACAGAUAAUAUGGUGUGUGCAGGACGCGGCCGACGCGACUCAUGCGCAGGCGAUUCCGGAGGCCCUCUACUGUGUAGAGAUCGAUCAAUGCGUUAUUAUUUACAGGGAAUAACCAGCUUUGGCGAUGGGUGUGGCAAGCGUGGAAAAUAUGGCAUCUACACAAGAACGGCAGGCUACGUCCCGUGGAUGCGUGCUAUUAUGAACAACAAAUACUUCGAUGAUUAACAAAUAAUUUCUGGAAAUUUAAGGCAGGCCCAGUCUUGCUUUAUGACAAAGAUUUGAAGGAAAUCUGGUCUCCAUUGCAUGCAUGUUAGACAAUGUAUCAUGCACUAUUAUAGUCCAGUCUAGCAUAAUAGUGCAGUUAAAUUCGAAUAAUUAGGAGGUCGAUUUAUACAUAUACCUAAUGUAUUAGAUAUCUCUCAUUUCUAUAGAGUUAGAAUUUGAGGCUAUGAUAACAUUAAUCGUAUAAUUGGUUUUUAGGCAAUUUAAUUUUUACGAAACAAAUUUAUUCUAACAUCCCAAAUUUUGAUAAUACCUUGUACUCAUUGGAGGAUAGCUAUCACCUAUAAAGAAAUUUAUAUAUUUAAAUUGGCAAAAAAUAUAAAUAUAAAAGUCGUAUCUCUAUGAGUUUUGGGCGUCAGUCGGUUUCACACGGACUCCAGAGCAUUUUUUGAUUUGCUUUCUUUACUACGAACACAAAUAAUGUUAUUCGCUUUUAAGUAUUACGAAAUAGUCACUUGCAUUCUGAUAUUAAUACGCUACUAAGAUUAUUUGAAAUAAGGAUUGACUCUCUAAUUAUUAUUGUUAUAUGUACAGUAUUAUAUAAUUAUAUAACUUGCCCACAUUCCAAGGAAUUUUUCGUUGGCAGAGAAAUCAUGGUUGUAAUGUUUUCGAUCAUUUUUAAUUCAAUCUAAUUUAGGCAAAUUUGCUAUCGGCUGAAAAUGUAUAAAAUAUUCAAUAAAUUUAUAAUAAAGUUUU